AUGGCAAGAGCAACACGCGCUCGACCCGCGCCAAAGCAACCCACACCUGAGCCAACACCGUCCACCACAAAACCCCUGCCAGCACCCACAUCAAAUCCACCCAAGCUCUUUGUCCUCCCCAAAGACACGUCCAGCGAUGCAAGAAUAGUCACCAUCGACAACCCCGCCACCAACACACCCUCGCGCUACUACUUCUGCCCCUCAAAAGGCUUCUACGAGUUCACGCGCAUCGCCGCGCCCAAGAAAGCAUGCAGGAGCUGGCUGAUCACACGGCACGAAGACAAGACACCGCAAGUCGGAGAGAAAGAGACGAUUGAUGGGGACAACAAGGAAGGGCUGGGUAGUGGAUACGUGAACAAGAAUGCAGACCUUUUCCUCGCAACACCAAUCGAUCUGUUGUUUCUGAUCCUGCCGGCCCUCGCGCCGAAAUCAGCAAAGGAGGAGAAGCAACACUUCCUUGAGCUCGAUGAAUACACAGACGCGCUCUCCGCCUCGUCACAGCACUGGCAGAGCCUCCUCGCACAGUACCCAACCCUGAAAGGCAUGCUGGAGGAAAGGAUGCGGCUCGUCUGCGACACAGUGACCACCGGCGACGAAACAAUGUACCGCAUCUCACACGAGAAGCUGUAUGCACUGCUCGUCAAGAAAGCAGAACGCAUGGUUGCCAAAGGACUUCCACCAAGCAUGGAGGACAAGUUUAUCAAAAGCGCGCUCGACGUACCUGUCAUGAGCAUCCGGCGAGAAGAGAGCACGCUAUCCGCGAUAUCAGACACACCCACAGCCACCGCCACCGCCGCCGCCGACUCGCAAGACACUACAACAACAGCCACAGCCGCCGAGAGCCAAACAGCCACCACCACCGCAACCCCAGACGAAGCCGACAUACCCUCUCAACCAACCCUGCAAACCCCACCAGAAAUCCCCCACCUCCUCCGCCUGCGCACCGCACUUAGCUACCUCACAACCUCCUACUUGCCCCCCUACUUCGCCAGCAAAACAACCGCAUUCCAAUCCACUUGCCCAACCCCCAACUUCUCCCCGCUAACAGCCCACCUCACGACGCUGGCGCAGCUGAAGCGCGACGCAGCGGCGCUCCGCAGCAUCUCGGACAACAUCAGCCGAAAGCGGCAGGUGGAGUGCGACGAGGACGUGGUUGCGGAGCGCGAGGAGAAGAAGCGGCGCAAGGAGGACGAGGAGCGGAAGCGGAAGAGUGAGGGCCGUGGGGUCAAGGCGCUGAAGAAGGUGGAUGUUAGUGGGAUGAAGAAGAUGAGUGCGUUUUUUAGCGUCAAGCCCAAGGGGGCGUAG